CAUAAUCUUGACACGAGACUUAAGCACCUAAUCAAUAUACAAUCUCACAUGACAGUUCUUUUUGAAAGAAGCUUCAAAUUUACAAUUGCUAAAUGAAAAGUUUCUCUCAAGUUCCCGAGCUAAGAGAAGAAGCUAAAGAAUUGAAACAAAAAGUUGAGGAGUUGCUUGCCAAAACCAAUGGUUCUGCAUCGAGGUCGGAGAGCACCAAUGCGUCAGCACGUUACUCGGCUGAACAGGUCGUCUAGGAAAUUCAAGAGCGUAAUGUAAGGAAAAAUAACGUUAUAAUUUUUGGUUUGCCUGAACAAGAUGAUCGUAAUGAAGAAAAAGAGCUAGUCUCGGAUAUGCUCAAGUUGGUCAAAAUUAACUCUGCACCACCUGGUAUUAAACACUUUAGGAUUGGCAAAACCUCAACCACCAACAGACCUCGUCUAAUAGUGAACUGCGAAUCAAAGGUAAAAAUGGUAUUCAAGAGCCUCCAACUAAUCAAAGAUAAUGAAACUUUCAAGAAUAUUAUGAUCGUGAAUGACCGCUCUCCCAUGCAGAUGAAUCAACAUAAAAAUAAUAAAAAAGAAUUUGAAGAGCGAAGACAGAACGGUGAAAGUGACCUACAAAUUAAAUACUUUGAAGGUGUCCCUAAGAUUGUGAAAAUUAAAUGUGAAAAUUAAACCAAAUCUAAAUUAGAAUAAACCCACCAGUGCAGCUUAUGCGAAGAAUGUAUAGUAAGAGCCCGCAAAAAACUAAAGCCUAAGCCAUCUAGUGGUCCAUACGGAGUCCCGACAUACAUUGUGAAAGACUGCAUUAGAGCUGUUGUAAAAUUUUCUACAAAUCGCUUCAAGAUUGUGUCUUUCCGAACUGCUGGAAGGCCUCCAAGGAGUAGAAUUAACGUUCAGAACUAUAUUAAUUAGCGUGUGUUACUACUUCACUUAUGGGGCUUUGUGUUGGAUUUCUGAUACACACACUCACACACAUAGGGUUUUUUAGUAUCAUCAAUCCAUGAUAUUAUUUUUUGUAUGUGUGUCUAUUGGCUUUUUGAUACUAGUAUAGUGUUUCUCUGUAAUUGGAUC